AGAGGUAGGGCUGCGCGUGGGGUCCAGGCUGAGGGCACUGUGGAGGCGGGGCGGCCCAGCAGGUGCCACUUGAAGAAUGGACGAUGACGACUUUGGUGGCUUCGAGGCUGCAGAGAUUUUUGAUGGUGGAAAUGGCGAAACACAAGCAACAUCUCCUGCAAUUCCCUGGGCUGCUUUUCCGACAGUGUCUGGAGUCCACCUCUCUCCAGCUUCUGAGAUUGUCCUGGACCAUGCCCACUCCUCACCUGUGGUCAGCUGCCUCCCUGCGGAGCCCAUCUCUCCCCCUGAGAACACACAUGCAGAGAAUAGUGUGCUGCAGAAAGCACAGAUGCAGCAAUCAACACAUGCUCAUCUGGAUAUCUCACUUUUUCCAUUGGGUUUAACUGAUGAGAAAAAUAAUGGAACAAUUGCUCUCGUGGAUGAUUCCGAGGAUACUGGAGCCAAUGUAUCAAACAGACAGCUGCAGCAGAAAAUUUCAAAUCUGGAGAUGAAACUCAAAGUUUCUGAGGAGGAGAAACAGAGAAUUAAAAAGGAUGUGGAAUCAUUGAUGGAGAAACACAGUCUGAUGGAGAAAGAUUUCCUUAAGGAGAAAGAGCAAGAAGCCAUUUCUUUCCAAGACAGAUACAAAGAACUUCAGGAAAAACAUAAACAAGAAUUAGAAGACAUGAGGAAAGCAGGUCAUGAAGCUCUCAGUAUCAUUGUGGACGAAUAUAAGGCACUACUGCAGUCUUCUGUUAAGCAACAAGUCGAAGCUAUUGAGAAACAGUACAUCUCUGCAAUUGAGAAACAAGCACACAAGUGUGAGGAGUUGUUAAACGCCCAGCACCAGAGACUCCUUGAAAUGCUAGAUACAGAAAAAGAACUGUUAAGAGAAAACAUAAAGGAAGCUUUGACUCAGCAAUCUCAAGAACAGAAGGAAAUACUGGAAAAAUGUUUGGAGGAAGAAAGGCAGAGAAAUAGAGAAGCAUUAGCAUCUGCUGCCAAGCUUGAGAAAGAAGCAAUGAAGGAUGCAGUUUUAAAAGCCAUAGAAGAAGAAAGAAAAAACCUAGAGAAAGCUCAUGCUGAAGAGAGAGAGUUAUGGAAGACAGAGCAUGCAAAAGAUCAAGAAGUAGUUUCGAAGACAAUUCAGAAAGUUAUACAAGAGCAAAGAGAAAUAAGUCAGGAAACUAUUAAGGCAGCAAUAAUAGAAGAGCAAAAGAGAAGUGAAAAGGCUGUAGAAGAGGCAGUGAAGAAAACAAGAGAUGAACUGAUAGAGUAUGUAAAAGAACAGAAAAGGGUGAAGCAGGCAUCAUGUGUGGAAGUGACUCUAGGAAGGAGACUCACUGCUAGAUCUCACAUCCACAUACAUGCCUAAGGGCCUGGACUCCAUCCUGAACACUGAGUGCAAAUGUGCACUGGUCUGCCCAGCUGAUGGUUCUCUCACUAUACAAGAAUUGUCAUGUAGACUAGUAUUGGGUGUUGGAGUUUACACUGUGGUUCUACAGGUUUACUACACUUUCUCUACUAGCUUCACAAAGAUUAAAGCUGAUUUAAUAAUUAUAGUAGGAAGUUUACUACUUCUGAAACUUUGGGAUUUGGGAACUUUUUAAAUACCGCAUGUGUGGAAUAUUUUAUUUACAAGCUUUUAUCUCUGGUUAGAAAAUCUAUAAUAAAGGGAAGUGGUUAAAAUACCUGAACGAAAAGCACAAGUGAUGAUUAGACUUUUUAAAAAUACAUUUAAAAAAUUCGGAUUGACUAUACACAUCUUCCUUCCAACAAAUGUUUUUUAGUAUUUCAAGUUAAUAUCUUUGGCCUUGGAACUUUAACACACAAAAAAAUAAUGUAUCUUGGAAUUUUUUUAAAUUUUCAAAGUGAAGGGGACAGGUGGUGGCACACCUGGUUGAGAGCACAUAUUACAAUGUGCAAGGACCCAGGUUCAAGCCCCCAGGCUCCAUCUGCAAGGGGAAAGCUUUACGAGUGGUGAAGCAGGGCUGAGGGUGUCUCUGUCUCUUUCCCUCUGUUACCCUCCUUUGCUCUCACUUUUUGACUGAUUGUCCAAUAAAUAAAUUUUUUUAAAUCUCAAAAGUGUUUACAAGAAACAUAUUUGUUGAUUGUCGUGCUAGCUUCGCAGGUGGGAGAGAGAGAUGACCAGGGACUCAUGGCUGAGCUGGGAAGCAGUAUCUCUUUAUUUAGGAGCGGAGAUGCGGUUCAACAAUCUAAUCUCUUCUAAUCACAACACAAUUCUGUCCUGCAUCUCUCCUGAGGCAGAAGAGUCAGAAAAAAAGGAAGUAUGUAGGAUAGGGGGCGGGGAGAAGGAAAAAGCGCGAACCAGUGAGGAUUAAACCCAUGUCCUGGAGGCAGUGGAGUGCUUAGUUAACAGUGGUUAUGUAAAUAGAAUACAGUGCCAAGCAGGGGGGACCAAACCAAUGAAACAGAAGGGGUUUUAUAGAAGCAUACCAACAAUUGAUUGGUUUUGUUUUGUCUAUAAGAAAAUUCAAUGAGCAGCUCAUCUCUACUCUUUCCUUUCUGAGACGGGUUUCUGUUUGUGUUGGAGAAAAGUACUCAUCCAACAAAAAUUUUCCUUUCUCCUCUCCAGCUUUUUUAAACUCCAGAGUCAAUUUGAUAUUUUCAACAUCAGACACCUCAAAAGUCCAUUAGUUCCAAAUGGCCUUACAUUUUCAGAAUGUAAAAUUAUUUUCCUUUCAUAAUUUUUUUUAAAUCUUUGAAGAAAUCUUAAUCUACCUUAGUUCCCCCAUCUUUGUCUUUGAUCCUAACCAACCUUUCCUUUGAUAUCAGAUCACUCUUAACUAAAGUCACUAGGAGACUAAAGUAGAGACUAUGUUCUUUACAUCUUUUCUUCAGUCAUUUACUUUUAAAAGAGAAACAGAAUAAAUAAUCCAAGACGCCUAACUUUUCAUAUAGCUUUUAACUUAUUCUAGUGAUUAAAAUGGAAUGGCAUCACACCAGUGGAUAAUAACUGCCUUUUCUGUGUAUCUGCAACCAAUAAGGUUCUAAAUUCAUUAUCUAAUCCUUUUUAGUAUUAUAACUAUGCUCAGAAUUCAAAUUCCACAAUUAAAAUUCUAUUGAGAAAAUAUACGAGCUCUAUUGCAUCACAUUCAUUGGCAUGUCAGACUAGUUAUCUGAUCAUGGAAUUCUGGACAGGACAAAGAAGCCAUCUAUCCUUGUUAAGUCAAUGAUAAUCAUACUCUGCUUGCAUCAUGAGUCACUCAAUAUGUUGGAUACAGAGUCCAAAUCUCCAAUAUGUAAGCAAACUAUCCUAACAAGUACAGGCUUUUAAAUGGAAACCAGAAGAAUAAUUCAAGUAAUAAUGAGUCAGUUCUAGUAAUAAAUACCUUUUAAGUUUCCUACAUAAAUUUAUUUCCUAUGUAAAAAUAUAUUAUAAGGUAAAAAAAUUACUAAUGAAUUUACAAAUUUAAUAUGAAACUGAAAAGCUAAUGUUUUACACCUUCUAGUCUAAGCUUUAUAUAUUAUGAAGAUAGAUUUUUAAUGAAUUUUUCAAUUACCACUAUAAUUUGUAUAAUAGUAAAUGGGAAAACUGAAAAAAAAAAAAUCACAUGUCUUUAAUUUGCUUGAAGAUCAGGUAGCAAUAUUUUUUACCUGAAAGCCAUACUGUAUUUUGUUAUAACUGAAUGUUUGGUUUCAAACUCUCUUGAAUCAUUAUAAAUUGUUGAUAAAGGCUAUUUGAUGCCUGUUUCAUCAAAAUGCAUAACCACAUACACCCUGCAUCAGCAGAGCAGGUUGUUGGAGGUAUCAAAAGAUCUGUAUCCUGCACCUUGACAGAAGAAUGUUUGCCAACCGCUUAUUGUAAGUCAUUAGAUUCACUUGGUGGGUAACUUUCUUCCCAUCAAUGCCUGACCAUAACGAGACAAUUACAAAUCAUUAGGUGCUAUUCGAGAAAAGAUCUCUCACGUACAUGACAAGGUAUUCUGUAGUAUAUUAGGUCUAGUCAUUAGUGCCAUGAACUUUUUUUUUUUAGACUAAAGAAGACUUAAAAAAAAACCAGAGUUAAGACCACAUCCCUUCCUGCUUCCCGAGGGAGGAAGACUUUGUGGUCUUUCAUGACCUAUGGCCCUUGGAUUAGAAUGAAGUGUUCCAACCCAUCCCACAAGUUAAGACUGAUACACAUGAGCUUGCAAUGAGGGAGGAAGUGUGGGUAUCAUUCAGCAAGCAACAGCUCCUCACAGCCAAGUAAUGAUUCCUAAAAAAUACAAUCUUAUCCAAAUGUAAUAAAAGAUUAUUUCUUUUUCCUCUUAAGAACCAGAAUUAUGGUCUGGAUUUUCUAAAUCACCUCCAGGAAAAUAAUUUUCGCUUUAGAGGAUCCUUUCAAUUCAGGUAUUUAAAGAGGAGUACAGGACAAUUAUCUGCACCUCAGAGGCUUUGUGGUCAAGCAGUGCCAGCAUUUUGAAUUAUAAAAGCUUUCAUUUGAGCCAGUCUUGCUACAGUGUCUUCAGCGUUUACACCUCAGACUCCUGACUAAAAGGUCAUAUUGGGCCAGGAUGGACUCCUGUUAGUUUUUGAUCAGCCCUACAGUUACUUGAAUUAAACAUGCUUUCAAGAGAAAUUAUUUAACA